AUGCCAUCAUUAUCGUUGUAUUUUUCAAGUCUGCUCUCUAUAGUUGGGCUAGCACAAGCCGAAAAAUUUCCACAAUCACUAACAGACUUGCGCGCUCAGCUGAAGAGUGAUGGCGGAGUUACAUUUGACCCGCUUGGUGUUGCGGCCGUCCUCUACAACCCUCGCGUGGACAAAAGUGCAGCAAGACUUUAUACUCAGUUUGAUCGAGGGUUAUUCAUAUGGCCACACCUGACAAUGAUCGGAGGGACUCUACCACCCAUGCAAAUGCUUGUUGAACGCCUCAAUGCCACGAUGAAGUGGAUCCAUCCAUCUAUCAAAUUAUGCGCACAAGAUACGACUAUGCUCCCCGUACGAUCCGACGUGUCGGGGAAUGUAUUUCGCCAACUGCCACUCAACUUGAGCAACGCAUGGCUGACUGGCAUAAUAUCCUUUCAAACAUCCGGACAACCUGGAAACGACUUCGCUGUCGUUUGUGUGGGUUCCAUGUACCCAUCAAGCGACGAACGCCGGAAAAAUCUGCGUCAGCCGUCAGCAAUAGGAACCUUAGGAUGGCUUCUCAGGAAAUGGACACUGGACUCAAUUUGUCUGGUCAACGGAGCCAUGCUGAUGACCGGUAUGGUGUGCGGGAUUUUGUCAGCCGACCUUUGGGCAUUCACCUUGUUUCUUCUAUACAGCAGUCAUUGGCUUGCGUCGGUGCUGAUUUCGUUCACUUCUAUGGUCAAGAUCCACAAACCAGGUCACAUCAAAAACGACAUGCGGGAUAGAUAUGCGGUCUAUGAACGCGAUGAGGGAGGGACUGUGAUAUUCAAGGGACCACAAAGGGAGCUUGAGGAGUGGGCCCGUUCCACUUGGGAAUAUGACCGGAAUUGGGGAAAGGAUCUUCUACACUGGUUCUGGACCCUGUCAGGGACAUUCUCUGGUAUAUCUUCGGUUGCAUGUAUGGUAAACAUGAAGGGCACUCUACAAUUGGCGUUUUUGGGGGUUUUGGUAUACUCAUCACUGGCUGAGAUCGUUGCAACCAGAAUUGCGCGUCAACUGCAAACCAAAGCUCAUGGCCGUAUUUAUGCGGCCAAAGUCUUGAAUAACGACACCCGAACCAAAGCAAUUAUCCGCGCAACAUUGGAAAUUUCCACGGAAUGCCGUCUCAGGGACCUGGAUUGGGUCAAAAUGGGACUGCUUCCUCCAAUGCGAGUUUUCGAGAAGAUGCAGGAACUGUUGAGAGAUAUUUCAGAUAUCGAUCAGAGCAUAGACGAUCGUCGAGCUGCGGUGAAAAAGAAAUGUGAUGCUUUCAUCCAUAGUGUGGAUCCCUCGGAGCAGAUGUUGGCUAAAAGAAUAGUCAAGGAAGUGAUGGAGGCACUAGGGUUCUUGCAAGAUAUUGGAGCGGUCCAUCAGUUGAAUGCCUCAGACGAAAAACCCCAGAGUUAA